CUCACUUGCUAGAGAGACCAACCCGCUUCCUUCCUCUCUGCCAAUACCCUCCCCCCUAACAGGGUGAUGGGGCUACAAUCGGGCUUGGAACAAAGGAAUACAGAGAACAGAGGGGUUGAAGCUUUCUAAAGGGGUGAUAGGCAAAGGGAUCCAGGAAGUGAGGACCCCAGCUUCCUGCCCACCAGAGGAAGUGGAGAGAGACAGCAGGUGCAGCGACAGCUAUCGGGGCCAUGGACAAGGAGUAUGUGGGUUUCGCCGCCCUCCCCAGUCAGCUGCACCGCAAGUCCGUCAAGAAGGGGUUUGACUUCACACUCAUGGUGGCAGGAGAGUCAGGCCUGGGAAAAUCCACCCUCAUCAACAGCCUGUUUCUCACCAACCUCUAUGAGGAUCGGCAAGUACCAGAGGCCAGUGCCCGCUUGACACAAACCCUGACCAUUGAGCGUCGGGGUGUGGAAAUCGAGGAGGGAGGUAUUAAAGUGAAGCUGACCUUGGUGGACACACCUGGCUUUGGGGACUCAGUGGAUUGUUCAGACUGCUGGCUGCCCGUGGUGCGCUUCAUUGAGGAGCAAUUUGAGCAGUAUCUUCGGGAUGAGAGUGGCCUGAACCGGAAGAACAUUCAGGAUACCCGUGUCCACUGCUGCCUCUAUUUCAUCUCACCCUUUGGCCGGGGGCUCCGGCCUCUAGAUGUGGCCUUCCUCCGGGCGGUGCACGAGAAAGUCAACAUCAUCCCGGUCAUUGGCAAAGCAGAUGCCCUGAUGCCUAAGGAAACACAGGCCCUCAAGCAGAAGAUCCGGGACCAGUUGAAGGAGGAGGAGAUCAACAUCUACCAGUUCCCUGAUUGUGACUCUGAUGAAGAUGAAGACUUCAAGAGGCAGGAUGCAGAGAUGAAGGAAAGCAUUCCUUUCGCAGUCGUCGGUUCAUGUGAAGUAGUGAGGGAUGGCGGGACCCGACCGGUGAGGGGACGACGCUACUCCUGGGGCACCGUGGAGGUGGAGAACCCCCAUCACUGCGAUUUCCUUAACCUGCGACGGAUGCUGGUACAGACACACCUGCAGGACCUGAAGGAGGUGACGCACGAUCUGCUCUAUGAGGGCUACCGUGCCCGCUGCCUACAGAGCCUGGCCCGGCCCGGGGCGCGUGAUCGAGCCAGCCGGAGUAAGCUCUCCCGCCAGAGCGCCACAGAGAUCCCUCUGCCCAUGCUGCCUCUGGCGGAGACGGAGAAGUUGAUCCGCGAGAAAGACGAAGAGCUGCGCCGCAUGCAGGAGAUGCUGGAGAAGAUGCAGGCCCAGAUGCAGCAGAGCCAGGCUCAAGGCGAGCAGUCGGACGCUCUCUGAGGCCCCCGCCGGGGCCCUACUUUACCUCACCUCCGCCUUCAGUUCGUCUCUUGUCCGAUCCCCGAGCCCCAGGCUGCCUGGCUCCUAAUCCCGGAGCCCCGGACUGUAAAGCCCUUCCUUGCAAGGGAUUCACCGGCUGACAAUUUCUCCCAAUCUCGGAGUUUGUAGCCCCGCCUCUGGCUCCGCCCCCGACACCGCCUUGGCCCCGCCCCGUCCACUUCAAGAGCCCGAGCUUCACUUCCAGCCCCUACCCCCCUAACCCUGUUCCACUUCACUGAAGCUGAGACAUCAAUAAAAACUUAGUUUCUUUGA